ACUGAAACCACAACAGCGUCAGCGGGGAUGGAGCCUCUGUGCCCGGGACUCUGCCGCAGCUCCCAGCGCUGCCUGCAGGGAGGGACCCGGCAGCACCACCAUGUUCGCCACGGUGAGAUUCGGAGCCAACUGCCAAGAGAUGGUGAACCUGCUCUGCUGUGUCCAGACCCUCACAGGCCACCUGAAAUGGAAGUGUCAGUGCAGGCCUGAAGACUGCAUUGAUCUUAUGGAUGAAAAGGGCAUCCUGAUGAACCUGAGCAAAGUGGAGGAUCCUGCAUCUGAAUAUGCCAGUAAAUACCUGCAGGGAAGGCAGCGCUACAUCCUCAUCAGAGCUGUCCGAGAAGAAAACUCUGAAGCCAUCUGCUACGAAUCCUUGCUUGAGGACCUGGGGAAACACUACCCUGAGCUCCCAGAUCGGCUGCAGCAGCUCUCAGGAAAGACUCAGAGGACAGAGCAGAGGAAGAAAGGCUCCUUGCAGAGGGCUCAGCCUCACACCAGCACCCGAGCCAGGAACAGGACCACCUCACAGAGCAAGAGGAGCUUGGAACACAAGAGCACCCCUAAAUGAGGAACAGACCCACCACUGGUCA